AUGGAGUUGAGGAAGGACAAGCUUCUUAUGUUUUAUUCAGAUGGGAAAGAAAGCAAAGAAUCGAUAUGGGCAGUGAAUGAUCCAAUGAGCAAAUCAUAUAAACUAUCAUUACCAUCAGCGCUAAAGCCUGACAAUCUCUUGGCUGGGAAUAGAAUUAGAUACAGCAGCAACAAGUCAAAAUCUUGCAGAGUCUCAUGGUACAGAACGAUUCUUGAUCCAGGAAGCGAGAUCGUCUUGAAAUGGAACUGGGUCUUCAUCGUCUCGUGUAUGGUUGCUCUCUUCAUCGACCCUUUGUAUUUCUUCGUGCCGGCCAUCGGAGGGAACGUGGCUUACCCCUGCGCAAGAACCGACACUCGCUUAAGGCUCCUCGUCACCUUCUUCAGAACGAUCGCGGAUCUUUUCUACUUGCUUCACAUCUUCAUCAAGUUCAGGACCGGUUUCAUCGCCCCGAACUCGACCACCAGAGUGUUUGGCAGAGGCGAGCUUGUGAUGGAUCCCAAGGCAAUUGCUUGGAGGUAUCUUAAAUCCGACUUCAUCAUCGACCUCAUCGCGACGUUACCGCUUCCUCAGAUAGUUAUCUGGUUCGUUAUGCCGGCGACGAGAAGUUACCGGUUUGAUCAUAGCAACAAUGAUCUUGCUUUGAUUGUGCUCCUACAGUACAUCCCUAGGUUCUACCUGAUCAUACCGUUAAGCUCUCAGAUCGUUAAAGCGACUGGUGUGGUUACAAAGACUGCUUGGGCUGGAGCUGCUUAUAACCUCUUGCUGUACAUGUUAGCUAGUCAUGUUCUUGGUGCGGCGUGGUAUAUACUUUCGUUUGAUAGGUACACAUCAUGCUGGAAAUCGAAAUGCAACAAAGAAGCUGGAGACGUUAAUUGUCAUCUCUAUUACUUGGACUGUGAUUCGCUUAAUGACUCCACGCAGCAGAAAUGGGCAAAUGUCACGAACGUGUUCAAACUCUGCGAUGCACGGAACGGGGAGUUCAAGUAUGGGAUGUUCGGGAACGCAAUCACGAAGAAGGUCGUGUCUUCAGAAUUUAACGAGAGAUAUUUCUACUGUUUGUGGUGGGGGUUGCAACAGCUUAGCUCUUACGGACAGAAUUUGUCAACGACCACGUUCAUCGGUGAAACCACAUUUGCUGUGCUCAUUGCAAUCUUUGGUCUUGUCCUGUUUGCGCAUCUCAUUGGGAAUAUGCAGACAUAUCUGCAAUCUUUAACUGUACGGCUCGAGGAAUGGAGACUAAAGAAGAGAGACACGGAGGAGUGGAUGAGGCAUCGCCAACUUCCUGAAGAUUUGAGAAACCGCGUGAGGCGAUACGAGCAGUAUAAGUGGCUCGCAACGAGAGGAGUCGACGAAGAGAUUCUCCUACAAAGUUUACCCACUGAUCUUCGCCGUGAUAUUCAACGCCACCUAUGUUUAGACCUUGUUCGAAGAGUCCCAUUUUUCUCCCAAAUGGAUGAUCAGUUGCUUGAUGCGAUAUGCGAGCGUCUGGUUUCUUGUCUGUGUACGGAAGGGACUUACCUUGUACGUGAAGGAGACUUGAUCACAGAGAUGCUCUUUAUCAUCAGAGGUAGACUCGAGAGUUCCACAACAAACGGAGGAAGAUCCGGUUUCUUCAACUCGAUUAUACUAAGACCUGGAGAUUUCUGCGGGGAAGAGCUUCUUUCUUGGGCUCUGCUUCCAAAAUCAACCUUGAAUUUACCGUCUUCCACAAGAACGGUUAAGGCUUUGGUUGAAGUAGAAGCAUUCGCUCUCCGGGCUGAGGAUUUGAAGUUUGUUGCGAACCAGUUUAGGAGGCUACACAGCAAGAAGCUUCAACAUACUUUCAGAUUCUACUCUCACCAUUGGAGGACUUGGGCUGCUUGCUUCAUACAAGCCGCAUGGCACAGGUACAAGAGAAGAGCUAUGGAGAGUCAUCUCACUGCGUUUGAAUCAAAGCAAGAUGAAGAAGUAGAAGUAGGAGAAAAAGAAGAAGAAGAAGAAGAGAGUGUUGUUGGGUCGAGUCCAAAAACAAAGAUGAACAUUGGAGUUAUGGUUUUGGCUUCGCGUUUUGCAGCUAACACAAGACGCGGUGUUGCAGCUCAGAGAGUUAAGGAUGUCGUCGACUUGCCUCGGUUUAAGAAACCCGAAGAGCCUGAUUUCUCUGCUGAGCCUGAUGAUUGA